AUGAUUGUUCAAUGUUAUCCGUAUGGUGCACCAUCCAAUACUUGCGGGACAAUGAUGCCAUCGCAUGGAGUCAACUCAAUGUCAUGUCCGUCGACUUAUGUGAUCGAAGCAAACAAGUAUCAAUAUAGUAGCGGUGAUACUAUUCAAAUUACUGUUCGGGGUACAACGAGUUCCAACCUUUUUGAAGGUGUUCUUUUGGUUGCUAAAGAUGCAAGUAGUCAAAACAUUUUAGGCAGUUGGUCAUCGACUGAUUCAUCAGUUAAUGUUAUUUCUUGCGAUGGUACAUCCUCAAAUGGAAUUACACAUUCAUCAUCAACCACUAAAUCUCAGAUUCAAGCGACUUGGAGUUCUUCAUCGAUGAUCCCUCAAGGAAAUGUUGUUAUCAGCUCAUCUGACGGUUCAUGUACAACUAUUACUGCAGCUUCUCAAUCAAUUAGUACUUCAAUAUCAUCAGUGGAUACUACCACUGCAAUCAAUUCUCAAAUGACUGGUGCAGCAUUAAAUCUGAACUGGACAUAUUUGGAUGGAAUAACAACUAUUUCCAUGGCUACCAACAACCUUGGAACAUCUCAAUGGCUCGGUAUUGGCUUGUCGCUUGAUGAUAGAAUGGGUGAUGAUCAUGUAUUUGUGUGUCAACGCUGGAAUGAUGAUACAAUUCAACUUCAACGUUUUAUCAAUCCCGGUGGUUAUUCGUCUCCAACCAUAGUUACUGCUGACUCAAAUUAUGGUGGUAUAUUUCAAGUAACCCGGGUAGCUUUGAAUAAUGGUGUGACCCAUUGUGAAUUUACGCUGUCAAAUUUUACUACUACAAUGGGUCGACGAAGAAAACGGAGCAUUUCUCUACUUUCACAAAGUAUACAAUAUCGUAUUCUUGUGGUCGUAGGACAUCUGGAUAGUUCAAAUUCAUUAUUACAACAUUUCUCAGUAACUGUAAGAACUCAAAUGAUUCAACUCAAUCAAUCGGGAACAAUAACAGCGAGCAACAUUGACGGAUCAGACAAUGAAGUACUUUUUUUACGAGCUCAUGGUAUUAUUAUGAUGUUUAUUUGGAUGCUGUUUAUUUCAACAGGUAUUCUUAUCGCUCGAUAUUUUAAACAGUCUUGGCCCGAACGAAAAUUUUGUGGCAAAGCGAUGUGGUUUGCGGUUCAUCGAUUAGUUAUGAUUUUCUCUGCAAUAAUGACGUUGAUUGCAUUUGCAGCUAUUCUUAAGUAUAAACACGGUACAUGGGUUUCACAAAAUCUCUCACGUGAAUUUGCUCAUUCAAUUAUUGGUGUGCUUGUUGUUGGUGCUGCUAUUAUACAACCGACGAUGGCUCUAUUUCGAUGUCAACCUGAUCAUCAACAUCGAUUUAUUUUUAAUUAUGCACAUGCUACACAAACCUUGGCGAAUUGUUGUGGCAUGGGCGGUGAUAGAGUUUGUUAUAUUGAUUGGCUUUGA